AUGCCUCAAAGUUAUGAUUACGAUGAAGGCAGUGAAACAUGGCCGUUUUUCAUGUUAACUUUGUUGCUAACUGUUUUAAUUCCAAUGACAUUAAUGCAAAUUUGGAAAUUAACUGGUAAAACUGAAACUGAGGAUGAAAAAGUUUUAAAGGUUAACAAUUCAAAAUCAGUAAUGAAUAAAUUGGAUGACAAAUAUACCGAUAGUAGUAUUGUUACCUUUAGAGAUAAAUAUAAUAACUCAAUUAAUAAUGUUUUUAGCGCAAAGAAUGGUCUUAUUAUUGUUGGUUGGAUUUGUGUUUCAGUCUUGAUUCAAAUUAUUAAUAGUAAUGAAUCUAUUGCAAAAUCGGCAAUGGGUACCUUUGACCCAUAUGAAAUAUUGGGUGUCACUGUAAGCUCGACUGAAAAAGAGAUCAAAAAGGCUUAUAGAAACUUGUCUUUGAAAUUCCAUCCAGAUAAGUUAGAUAGAAAUUUAUCGGAAAAGGAAAGAUUGUCAAUGGAAGAAAUAUUCGUUCAAAUUUCCAAGGCUUAUGAAGCAUUAACUAAUCCUGCUACAAAAGAAAACUAUUUAUUGUAUGGUCACCCAGAUGGUCCACAAUCUCAAAUUCAUGGUAUUGCUUUACCAAGUUUCCUAGUCAAUGGUUCUUUAAUGGCCAAGAUUGUUAUUUUUGCAUAUGUUUCAUUAUUAAGUAUUGGUCUACCAUAUUUAGUUAGAAACUGGUGGGUGAAAACCAGAUCUUACACCAAAAAUAAUAUCCACGUUGAAACAGCAUCAUACUUUGUUGACAGAAUGAUCAACUAUAAGCCAUCUGAAAUUUUAACAGUUAAGUUAAUUGUUAGUUGGUUAUCGCAUUCUAAAGAAUUCAGAAUAUAUUAUCCAACUUUAACUGCUGCUGAUUUUGAAAGAUUACUUCUAGCUCAUAUUAACAGAGAAAAGGUUGACAAAUCAGAAAGAGAUAUUCAAUAUAGAAUUGUCGCUAAAUGUCAUACAUUAAUUAAUGGUUUGGUUGCUAUCGCUUGUGGUUUUAGAAAUAUGGAUAUUGCCUCUGCUGCUUUGGAUACAUUCAAGUGCAUAAUGCAAGCGGUUCCAGAUUCUAAAUACUCUGAAAUCUUACAAUUACCAAACGUCAAUAAAGAUCAUUUUAUUGAAAACUCGGAAGACAUUUUUACAGUUGGUAAAUUAUUCACACUCGAUGAUAAGAAAAUUGGCAAAGUAUUAGGUAUUAGCGACGAAGAAUUAUUAAAAGACACAUUAGCUGUUGCAUCUAAUAUUCCAUUUUUAAGACUUUUAAAGGCUGAAUUUAAAGUCCCAGGUGAGAAAAAUGUCAUAACUGGCUCUAUCCCUUAUAUAUCUUUGAAAAUACUUGUUCACUCUGCUAGACAAAAAGUAAUUUCUGAAAAGAAAUUCCCAGAAAAAUAUUUAGAAGACGACGAAGAUUUUGAAACUAUAAAGGAUCCAUAUUCUAAUCUUCAAACGAUACCUUUAACUACUUACUCUUUCUCACCAUAUUUCCCAGCCAAAAGAAGAAGCGAUUGGGUUUGUUUGAUAGGUUUACAAAAAGACAAUAAGAUUAUCCAGACACCAGUUACUAUUGAUAGACUAUCAUUUAAAAAUUUGAAUAAUGAGUUUGAUAAAAGAUUGAUUACUGAAAUCAAUGAUAAAAAUUUCAAUCCUGAAGAAUGGGAUAUUGCUAAGAUUAAUAUUCCAUUGGGUCAACCAGCACCAAACGAAAAGGGGACAGCAUUUUUUAAGGUAGUUAUAAAAUCUGCUGAUUAUUUUGGUCCUGAUUUGGAGUUUACGAUGAAGAUGGAUGUCAUUGAUCCACCACCAUUUGAAGAAAAAGAAGAAAUAUAUGAGGAUGAUAGUGAAGAUAAUGAAUCUGGUGAAUCAGAUGGUGAAGAAUCUGAAGAAGAGUCAGAAGAUGAUAACGAUUCUGAUUACACAGAUAUUGAUACUGAUACUGAGGAUGAGGAUGAAGAUAAUUAA